CCCCAAAUCCCCACACGUCCAUCGUUUCCCCCCUCCCCACCCGUCGCCCCCUCCUCGCGUUCCUCGUGCGUGCGCAGAACCCCGAGGCCUCGGCAGCCAUGGCCACCGGCGGCGACCACGCGGCGGAGGAGCUCGUGUCCGUCGAGAUGCCCGCGCCCGAGGGAUGGACCAAGAAGUUUACUCCCCAGAGCAGGGGAAGAUCUGAGAUUGUUUUUGUUUCACCAACUGGAGAGGAAAUUAAGAACAAGAGGCAGCUGAACAGCUAUCUGAAGGCAAACCCUGGAGGCCCCACUUCAUCGGAGUUUGACUGGUCAACUGGUGAUACCCCAAGGCGUUCUGCUCGGAUUAGCGAGAAAGUGAAGGUAUUUGAUAGCCCUGAGGGUGAAAAGAUACCAAAGCGCAGUAGGAACUCAAGUGGCAGGAAGGGGAAGCAAGAGAAAAAGGAGGAUCCCGAAACUGAAGAAGACAAAGAAGCUGAAGCGGGCAAGGAGGCCCCUAGUGAAGAUGCUGCAAAGAGCACUGAUGUGGAGAUGACGGUUGCUGAGGCGAUUGAUGCUGCAAAGAGCACUGAUGUGGAGAUGAAGCCUGCCGAGGCGAAUGAUGCUGCAAAAAGCGCAGAUGUGGAGAUGAAAGUUGCUGAAGAGGUGAAAGCUGCUCCUAGUGAAGAUGCAGGGAAGCCUGAAGACUCCACUCCAGCACCUGCAGAACACAAGGAAGAUGUCAAACCAGCUGAGUCUGAUGCCGCUCCGGUACCAGCGGCGGAGGACAAGAAUGAAGAUGUCAAACCUACUGAGUCUGAUGCCCCUCCAGCACCAACAGUGGAAGACAAGAAGGAAGAUGCCAAGCCAGCUGAGGCCGAUGCCCCUCCGGCACCAGCGGUUGAAGACAAGGAAGACGCUAAGCCAGCUGAGGCCGAUGCCCCUCCGGCACCAGCUGAGGCCGAUGCCCCUCCGGCACCAGCGGUUGAAGACAAGGAAGACGCUAAGCCAUAUGAGGCUGAUGCCCCUCCGGCACCAGCAGUUGAAGACAAGGAUGAUGCUAAGCCAGCUGAGGCUGAUGCUGCUUCGGCACCAGCAGUGGAAGACAAGGAAGAUGUCAAGCCAUCUGAGGCUGAUGCCCCUCCUCCGGUGAGUUCGGAGGAGGUGAAGAUAGAGGAAGCUCCUCUGGUGAGUUCGGAGGGGGCGAAGACAGAGGAAGUAGCCCCUCCAGCGAGCAAGCCAACUGAGAACUCAGUUGUUGCUCCCAGCGAGCCAGCUAUUGCUCCUGCUCCUGCUGCAGUAUCCGAAACCAAAUCAGAUGCUGCCGCAGUAGACAGCCAACCUGGUGCGGCCACCAAUGAGUCGCCGUCCGCC